AUGCUCAUCACAUCUGAAGCAUAAGUUUAUCGACUUUUUAUGAAUUUCCCUCUCUGUCGAAACUUUACAAGAAUUUGAAAACAUUGUUAUGUUUGUUUGUUGAGUCGCACACGUUUAUCGGGUUACGUCGUGUUUUUACUAUUUCAAAAAUGGAUAUGACUUUCGAAAACGUCCCAGGUUUCACAUUAAAUUUACAUCCAAGUGAAAAGUACUUGUGCAGUGUUUGUAAAUCGUACAUCUUGAUGCCACCAGUUUUUUUGAAUCCCAAACACGGAUUCAUAUGCGGAUACUGUCACCAAUACAAGAGAUUUUUCCUCAACAAGGACGAAAUGCUUCUUCCCCAAGAAUUAUACGAGGAUUUAGCUUUGUCCAUGAGAUUUCCCUGUGAAUUCUGCGAGUAUUUCGUUGUUUUUAACGGACUAGCAGCCACGCACGAGGUCCAGUGUUCGAAGAGGAUUUUCCGAUGUCCAUUAUCGGACGUGAAUAGAUGGUUUUUGGGCCCUGAAAAACCAUGCGAUUGGCAGGAUAACGAUGGAAAAUCGAUGGUUGCACAUGUGAAGGAAAAACACAAAGAAUUCAUACUGCAAAGUCCGUUCGAAAUAAGACUCAGAGACUUGAAUUGUGGAGAAAAGCAAAUUUAUAUAGCAAUAUUGAACAACAGGAAGAUCAUCUCAAUAAUGGUGGAAGAUGACGAAGAACGAAAUUGCAUCAUUUUGAGGUGUAGAUCCAACAAGGUCGGACAUCCAGAACUGAAUCAUCAAUGUAGAAUCGAAAUUAUAAGUCCAAAUUCUCCAAAAAUAUUUAAUUAUGAAACGAAUGUUUACCCAUUGGGUGCUAAAAUUAUUGAAAGGGGAAGGGACACAUGCACUUUGUGGAUGGGUGAAUUCGAUGAGGAUGGCGUUCUUCGACUUAAUUUUGCACCUUCCCUGCUCGAACGGGGUAGGCCGCGAAAAAGUCUACCGCAAAAUAUUGAUUAUAAUAAGCAACCCUACCACGACCAUUGUUAUUAAGUUCAAAAGUUGUCUAAUAAUUUCAUGUUUUUAGAUUUUUGCUCAUUAUCAUUACAAUACAUCAAAAAGU